UGAAAAAAUAAAAGAAAAAAUAUAUAAAGUAAAAAAAAUAUUUGAGGGCACAUAUGAAGUCAGGAUAAAUAGAGGAGCACACAGGAACCGGUUUCAUCCAAUUCGGAGGUGUCUAGGUCGGUCAUCCGUGAUUUUAAGAAUUGGAAGGGUUUCCAACGAAUCUGAAAUUCGUUGGAGAUUUCCAACAAAAUGGCAGAUUCGUUGGAAACAUUUCCAACGAAUCUGCCAAUUCGUUGGAAAUCUCCAACGAAUUGUGGAUUCGUUGCGAAUAUCCAACAAAUAAUAUUUUUGAUGGAAAUUUGUUGGAAGGUCCCUAAUUACAUAUCCUUACCCGGCCCGAUUUCUUCUCCUCACAUCUUCUCUUGACCUAAUUUUGCUUACGGCGGCUGCGGCAAUUUUUUCACCUUCUCUGGACUGGUUUGGAUUUGACGUGGCUGGGAGAGACUUUCGGUUUUAUUUACCUUUGUUAGGCAACAUGCAGAAUGAAAGAAGUUGGAUGUAUAAUAAAAAUUUACCUGACCGUGGGGGUUUAACUGAUGAGUUUAUUACUGGGUUGAGACAGUUUUUAAAUUUUGCAUCUAGUAAUGUUGAGUUUAUGGAUGGUAAUCAGAUACGAUGUCCAUGCAGAAAGUGUCAUAAUGGAAAAUUUUUACCAUCUAAUAAAGUUUCAGAGCAUCUUUGUAGAUUUGGUUUUACUCCGAAUUACUAUAAUUGGACAUGUCAUGGUGAACCAUUCAUAUCUGAUGAGGAUUGUUAUGGACACAACAUACAAGUCUCUAGGGAUCAAAGUUAUUAUAAUCAAUUAAAUCCAUAUCAAAGAAUGAUAUUUGAUGCAGCGGCUCCGAAUUUAAUUCCUGAACCACAUGGUGCCAGUUCUAGCUGCCCUCCAACAGUUGAGCAAAUGUUUACAACAUAUGCAUCACCAUUAGAAGAGGUACAAGUGCCAGGUGUUGAUGAAAUUGUGAAUAAUGAAACAUAUCUUAAAUUUCAGGAAGUGUUAAGUGCUGCAGAUGAACCUUUAUGGACUGGUUGUGACAAGCAUACUAAAUUAUCAUUCACUGCAAGACUGUUGAAUAUCAAGGCAGAGUCUAAUUUGUCGGAAGAUAAUUUCAAUAAGGUUGUUCAAGCUAUUGAAGAGGCAUUGCCCCAAGAUAAUAUACUGCCUAAUGAUUUUUACAGUAUGAAAAAACUUACGAAAGAAUUAGGUCUUCCGGUGGAAAGAAUUGACGUUUGCAGAGACGGUUGUAUGCUAUAUUGGGGAGAUGAUGCAGAUGCAAAUGUUUGUAGAUUCUGUAAUCAAGAUAGGUACAAGAUCUCUAGGAGUCAACAACGACGUAAAUCAUACAGUCAGUUAUUUUAUUUGCCAUUAACUCCUAGGUUACAAAGACUUUAUGCAUCAAAGACCACUGCUCAACACAUGACUUGGCAUGCAAAUCAUCGAACAGAGGAGGGAUUAAUGUGUCAUCCAUCAGAUGCAGAGGCAUGGAAAAAUUUUGAUAGAACAUAUCCUGAAUUUGCGAAGGAGACUCGAAACAUUCGGUUAGGUCUUUGUGCUGAUGGUUUUGCUCCAUUUAGUAAAUCAGGAAGACAGUAUUCUUGUUGGCCAGUUAUAUUAACUCCAUAUAAUCUUCCACCUGGGAUGUGCAUGAAAACACCGUAUAUGUUUUUAACAUUAGUUGUGCCUGGCCCGCAAAAUCCAAAGAAGUUAAUAGAUGUUUAUAUGCAACCACUGAUUGCAGAGCUAAAACAACUAUGGGAUGAAGGGUUUCCUACAUAUGACGUCCAUACUAAUCAGAUGUUUGUUAUGAAGGCUGCUCUUCUUUGGACCAUUAAUGACUUUCCAGCUUAUGGAAUGCUAUCUGGUUGGAGUACUGCGGGAAUCUUAGGUUGCCCAAUAUGUAUGGAGAGAUCAAAGUCGAUCAGAUUGAAAUAUGGAAGAAAGCCGAGUUAUUUUGAUUGUCAUAGGCAAUUUUUACCAUUAAAUCAUAAUUUCAGAAGGAAUAAAGAUGAGUUCACUAGGAAUAGAAUUGAAAGAACACCUCCGCCAUUAAGAUUGACAGGUCAAGAUAUUUGGUAUAGAGUGUGUCACUUUCCAUCUGUUAUUGAAGAACCACAUGGUACAACAUAUGAAUAUGGAAGCACUCAUAAAUGGACUAAGCGGAGUAUAUUUUGGGAUUUACCUUAUUGGUAUAGUAAUUUAAUUCAUCAUAAUCUGGAUGUAAUGCAUAUUGAGAAAAAUGUUUUUGAUAAUCUCAUAAAUACAGUGAUGGAUAUUACCGGAAAAACAAAAGAUAAUUUGAAUGCAAGAAAAGAUAUGCGACUAAUUUGUAAACGACCCACUCUUGAUGUGGAUGAAAGUAGUAGGGGACCAAAGCCAAAGGCAAUUUAUACAUUGAAUAAAGAACAGAGACGUGUUGUUUGUGAAUGGUUGAAAUCAUUGAGAUUUCCUGAUGGGUAUGUCUCUAAUCUUGGGAGAUGCGUCGAUAUGAAGGAAUUCAAAUUGAUUGGUUUGAAAAGUCACGAUUGUCAUAUAUUUAUGGAAAGACUUAUUCCAAUUGCUUUUAAGGAACUCUUACCAAAUUUUGUAUGGGGUACAAUUACGGAGUUAAGCAUUUCCUUCAUGAUAUUUCCUCAACAGUUUUGAGAUAUUCACAGAUGGAGAAGUUAGAAAGAGACAUUCCAAUUAUUUUGUGUAAUUUAGAAAGAAUCUUUCCACCUUCAUUUUUUGAUUCAAUGGAACAUCUUUUGGUUCACUUGCCAUACGAGGCCAAAGUUGGAGGACCAGUCCAUUUUCGAUGGAUGUAUCCAUUUGAAAGGUAUAUUUUGUUUUAUCUUAUAUACUUCGUUAUUAAUGCAUUGUAAAUUUAUAACUUUUUUAUAUAUAUUCCUCUAAUACAAAUUGUUAUAUUUCAAUCAGAUUUUUAUAUCAUUUGAAGAAAAAAGUAAAAAAUAAGGCACAUGUUGAAGCCUCUAUUGUUAAUGCAUACAUUGUGGAGGAAGUAACAACUUUUGCAUCGUAUUAUUUUGAGCCUCA